ACAGGUUAAUUCUUAAUUAUAAUAAAUACGAUGGGAUCAUCUAAAAAGCAUAGGAAAGACCAUAAACAUCGAAAGCACAAGCGUUCAAGUCCUGCAUAUGAUGAUGAAGAGAGAGAUGAGAGCCAUAGUCCAGAAGAAAAGAAAAGAAGACGACAUGACGAUGUAGAAACAGAAAAAUCAUAUUCUAAACAAAAAAAACAUAAGAAAAAACACAAGAAACAAAGUGAACGAGAUCGAGAUUCUGAAUCCCCCCAAAAGUUGGAAUCUGAACGUAAUGGUAAGUCAAGACAACAUCAUGCUGAACCCACUCCAACAUCAGCUAAUGGCGAAGGUGACUCACUCAGUAUUGAAGAAACAAAUAAGUUGAGGUUAAAACUGGGACUCAAACCUCUCGACGUCGGUGGAUCUUCCGGUAAUGCAACCGAAUCAAAGAAAGAAGAAUUUGUUCAUGCUCCUGCUGAAGAUUUGUGGGAAAAGAAAAAACAGGAUGAUAUCAGAGAAAAACUACGAGCCAUUAAAGAAAAAAGAAACUUAAACAAAAAAAUGGGGAAAAUCAAGACUUUGGGAGAAGAAAAUGAAGAUGAAAAUGAUGCUGUGUCUUGGGUAGAAAGAAGUAGAAAAAUGGAAAAACAAAAAAAGGUGGCGGAAAAACGAGAACAAGAAAUGGCUAAAAUGGAUGCAGAAUUUGGUAUUGGUGGUUUAAUAGACAAUGAAUUUGCCGAUGUAAAGAAAGACUCAUACACAUCUCGUGAUUUGCAAGGCAUUACUGUAAAACAUUCCUUAGAAAUGUUUAAAGAAGGAAGAUCAGAAAUUUUAACUCUCGAAGAUAAAAAUAUACUUGAAGAAGAUAAGGAUGAUGUUCUUGUUGGUGUAAACUUGGUUGAUACUGAAAAAGCAAAACGAAAUUUGGACGUGAAGUCCAAAGGUUCUGGAUACAAAGCUUAUGAUGAGGAAGAGGUUGAUGAAAUGGGAUUUUUUAAACAAAAGUCUAUGCUCUCGAAAUAUGAUGAAGAAAUUGAAGGAAUUAAGCAAGAGAAAUUUACUAUCGGUAAUUAUGGAAAAGUUGAUACGACUUGGGAACAACAAAAAAUGAUGAUGAAAAAUGAAAUUAAAGCUAAAGGAGUCAGCUUAGCGCUCCCUCAACUCAAAAUUGCAUCUGAAUAUUUGACUGAAGAGGAAAUGACAAAGUUUAAAAAACGAAAAAAGAAAGUGCGAAAAGUAAGAAAACGUGAUCUAAAACCAGAUGAUCUACAACCUCUACCGGGUAGUUCAACAUCAUCUGAUUUUGGUUCUAGAAGUCGAAAUCAACGAGGAAAUAUACCUGGAUGGGAUGAAGGUAUUGAAUCUGCAAAAGUGGAUGACACAAGUAUAACAUCUACAACUUUAAUGAAUUCGACGAAAAAUGUCAUUUUUGACGAGGAUGAUGCCAGUAAUGAACUUCAAAAAGCAUUGGACAAAGCAAGACGGGCAAAACAGGUUAAAUCAAACAUGGUUACUGAGGAUGUCGGUGCCAGUAAAGUCGUCGAACAUUUAGACCUUUUAAAUAAAGUUUCAUUUGAAAAUCCAAUGGCCAAUUAUUCUACAACUAUAUCUUUGAAUUCAACUGAUGAAUUUUGUCGUCAGCUCGGAACUGCCUCAGAUUUGAAUGUUAUUAAAGAAGUGCCUAUGGAAGAGACUUCCAUGGACGACAGCGUUGAUAUGGACGUGGAAGAUGAAGAAGAAGAAGAAGAAGUUACGUCAGGAUGGAAUUUUGUGAACGAUAAAGCCAAAGUUAAGCCAGUUACACAGGCAGAACCUGUCGACGAUAGACAUGCACCUAUUGAAGCCGAGCCUCUUGCCGUAGGCGGCUUAGCCGGUGCACUAAAACUUGCCACACGAAAGGGUUACCUGAUGGAAGAAAAACCAAAAGGCUCAGUCACAAUAACUAGUAAAAAUAUUGACCUGCUUUCUGCAAACUAUUCCAUUGAAGACAAAAAUGCAGUUGAUCAUUUGGAUAAAUACGCUCACGAAAAAUACUCGAAAGACCGUAGUAAUCGCUACGAUCGUGGAAUUGUAAUGGAUUUUGAAGAAAAGAAAAAUUAUAAACCUAAAGUAACUAUCGAGUAUGUUGAUGAAGGAGGUCGAUUAAUGAAUCCAAAAGAAGCUUUCAGAAAAUUAUCUCACAGAUUCCACGGUAAAGGAUCGGGUAAAAUGAAACUCGAAAAACGACAAAAAAAGAAAGGAGAAGAAGAUAUGAUGUUGAAAAUGAGUUCGACUGAUACACCACUUAACACAGUAGCAAUGAUGAAAGAAAAAUUACAAAGCGAAGCAAGUCCUUAUAUUGUUCUAAGUGGAGCUGGUAAAACAUUGCAAGCUGGUGGUGGAGGGCUGAAGAAAUGAUUAGUAUUAUAGUUGUGAAAUCUAUGGAAAAUGAAAUCAAUUUUCACUGAUGCAAAUCAUUAUUUUUGUGCUGUUGUGGGGACAUUCUGUUGAGCCGUAAAUCAUUGCAGCUUCCAAUACCUAUUAUAAGACAUUUGCAGGGGUACCAAUAUCUUUAUUAAUAAACUUUGUCAUUCUGAUUAUCUUAUGCCUUUUUUGUAGCAGUUGAUUGGCAGAUCAUAUUAUAAAAAUCUUUUGAUGUUAUUUUGGGCCAUAUCAUUUUAAAUGCCUAAAUUAUUGUUAACAUGCCCACAACAACUCUUGUUUUGAUAACAUUAGAAUUGUACUUCCUGCUAGAAACUGCCCUGACUGACUUGAUUUAUAUGUUAAAAAUGAAAAUUACCAUGUGAUUCGCUGCUUAUGUUGGUGUUUUGCAUUAGGAUAUUCUUUUGUCAGUGGGUGUUAUCGGACAUGAUGGGAUAAUAUUUUAAUUAUUUUUAAACCUGCUAUUCUGUUCUAAAUUUUUCGCCUCAAUCAACAAGAUUGAAUUUUGUAUGGGUUAUAAAGAUUAUUAUUUGGUGAUGGUGAAUAGACACUGAUAAGUUAAUUUAGAAAUGUUGUAUAGAUAUUUGUUGUAAAUUUUUCAGAUUUCUUGAGAAAAUAAUAUGAAAAGUACUCACUGUACAGGUAUCUCAAUCUAGUUUGAUAGCACAUAAGAAGACUCAUUACCAGGGCUGGGGGUUAUUGUGAAAACACUUUAAUCAUUGAAAAUUAGGUGUAGUAUGACUUUUUAUGUUAUGAUUCUGAAAAAGUUUGCCAUAAAUAUUACUUGGGAAUGUUGUAAAUUGUGUAUGGAUCAGAAAUGUCUUUCUAUUAACUAGACGCUCUGCUUGGUCACUCAUAUACAUUAAUUAUUUGGAAUUUUAAUACUGAUACAUGCGAAUUAAUUUUACUUCCUUUGGAUGUCAGUUGAUGUUUAAAAUUACUUGUAACCAUUAACCAUCUAAUAGUAGUUAAUGGGUCACUAUUCCCAGCUCUACUUAUUACACCAUGACGCAGUAAAAUCAAGUUAGUUUAUGUCACAUUUUGAGAAAAUCACAAUUUUGUAAUUCUCAAAUCUGUAAUUAAUGUGCUAAAGUAGGAAUCUGAUAUUCUAUACAAAACAUAAUAUUACAUAUGGCACCUAAGACUGUGUGUUUGGGGACGCCUAAAACACACCACUAUAUAUAUAUAUUCUUCCCCCGUUUUGGACAAAGUUUUGAAAUCUAUUAGGGUUCAAAACAACACUGGAAUUAGGACAUAUUGGCAAUAUUCCUACCCUCGAAAGUCUGAUAGUAUCACAAUAUUCCACUCAUCAAAUGCCGAGCUAUUGAAUCCAAAAAACAACAGUUGCUUGUUAUAAAAAAUCAAAAAAGCCCAUCUCUAAAAAAAUUUGACUUAGGCUAUCUUGUUUUUACUGUGGCUAUAUAUAGAUGACUGUCGUAUGUCUAUCAGCCUGUAACAGAAAUUAGUUCUUGAUCAAUUACUUUUGCUUAAAAACUGUACAUAAGCUGGUUUGUUUUAAGUACAUAUUUGAAUCCUAGACCAAAAGAUGACCCUGAUCCACAGUGAAAAGGAAAUCCUAAAAGUCCAUUAGUACUUUGGUUUUACUGCGGCGGUUUUUGCUUGUAAAUUUACUGCCUAUUUUCAUUGAUAUCUGAAGCAGUAACUUAUUAUCUGGUUCAGAUCUAUGUUUUAUUAUGAAUAGCUUCAGGAAAACAAGGAAAAUUGAGUGUGAUGUUGUGUAUUACAAUUGACUUUGCCGUAACAUCUUGGUAUGAUAACAUGCAUUAUACAUGUAUUUUACUUUGUGAUAUAAGUUUUCGCAAUCUAGUUGUCCUUUUUUUAGA